UGGAUAGUUCAUAUCGGAGUGUGUUGUCGUAACUUUUUCUUUGUGAUUUUGAGAAAUCCUUCAAUUGUUCUUUUUAUAUAUCAUAAUUUUGUUAUUUUAUUGAGUUUAUAUAUGAAAAUUAGCUUAUAAAUUUCUAUUUGUAAAAGCGAUAAAAUCGAAACAUAAGCGUGCCUUGUGUCGGACACUUUUGUAUGAGAAUAAUGGCCGAUGUUGAAGGAAAAAAGCUCACUGAACUACGAGUUAUAGAUUUGAAAACAGAACUCGAGAGGCGUGGGCUAGAUAAAACUGGCAAUAAAGCAGCACUUCUUGAGCGUCUUUCCAAAGCCAUAACUGAUGAAGGUCAAGAUCCUGAUGAAUAUUUGAUUGUACCUUGUGGUGGAUUAUGCAAAGUUAGUCCAAGAAAAAAUAGUGUAACAGGUACAAUUAAUCAAGAUGAAACUAAUGAUACAUUAGAAAAUCAAAAAGAAGAAAGUAUGGAGGUAUCUGAUAAUAAUGAUAUAAAAGUUAAACAAGAAUCAAAGCCUGUUAUAGAAGAAAAUACAACAAUAUCUAAAGUGGAAGAACUUCAAAGUGAAAUUCAAAAUAAUGUUAGCAAGGAAAUAGAACACAAACAGGAACUUAAGAAUCAUUUAAAUAAAAAUUUGAUCGAAAAUACACAGGCUCUUGAUAAGAAAAUAGAAUCUGAUGUAGCUACUACAAUAAAUCAAACUACAACUAAUUCAGUUUCUACUGUUGAGGCCAAUGGUAUCGACAAUGAAGAUUCCAUCAAUCUAACUAUUGGCGAAGAUGAAGAAAAUCUCCUCGCUGAGGAGACAGAGUCUCACGAGAGGCAUAAGGAUGGAGGAGAGAAGAAGAAAGUGGAAGAAAACAAGAAGGGAGACUCUAAAGGGAGCAGUAGAGCAGAAGCUGGUGCCAACAACAAGGAAGGGACGACAUCAGGUGGAAACGUCGGGACGAAGAGCAAGCAGGACGGUGGUGGAGAUGGAAGCAAGAGCAUGGAGUCUAGCAACAAGAGCCAAAAAAGAGAUGAUAAAGACAAAAAAACUUCUCAAGUUAGUCCCGUUAAUGCGAGUAGUAGAAAUUUGUGGGUAUCCGGAUUAUCUUCAAGUACUCGCGCUACUGAUUUGAAACAAAUAUUUUCAAAAUAUGGGAAAGUAAUAGGUGCAAAAGUAGUUACAAAUGCAAGAACACCAGGUGCAAGAUGUUAUGGCUAUGUAACUAUGUCCACUAGUGAAGAUGCUGCAAAGUGUAUACAACAUUUACAUAGAACUGAACUUCACGGACGUGUAAUAUCUGUAGAAAAGGCCAAAGGUGAUACUCAACAAAGUCAUAUGCGCAAACGAGAUACUACGAAUGGAAAAUCUGAAAAGAAGGAAGAAAAAGAAAAGACAAAAGAUAAUCAUGAGAUUAACGAUCGGAAAGAUAAGGAAACGAAGAAAGAAACAGAAGAUAAAGGAACAGAAGCAAUGAAAAAGUCGGACGAAAAAAGUAACGAAAAUAUUGAAAAUAAAAAAGCAGAGGUGCAGGAAAAGAAAGAUGAAGUUUCGAAAGAUGCCGAUUCUCGAUCAACUAAAUCUACUAGUAAAAAACCGGAAAGUGAAAGAGGAAGACGUGACGAAAAGAGAAUUCGAUCUUGGGAUCAUCAUCGAUCUCAUACUCGAUCUCGCAGCCGCGAACGGCGUAGGCGCGAUGAUGUGUUAACCUUUGCAAAAAUCAGGGAGGAACGAGAAAGACAAAGGCUACGAGAAAGGGAGAGGAUGCUUCGUGAAGAAGAACGGAGAAGAAGAGAAGAUAUGGAGCGACAACGGGAAGUAGAACGUAGACAAAGAGAAGAAGCUGCACGAUUAGAAAGAGAACGAGAAAAAUUAAGAAGGGAAAGAGAAAGAAUUGAGCAGGAGAGAGCUGAGUUACUUCGACUCGAACGGGAACGUCAAAAACUGGAGCGGGAAAAGCUGGAGCGAGAAAGAUUGGAACUGAAAAGACAACAAAUGCGAUUAGAAGAGAGUAGACGUGCUCCGCCUCCACCGUCCAUUAAACGAUGUUCUAGCGAUAGAAGGGAUCCAAGAGACAUAUACGUUGAACCAGAUAGAAAACGUAUGGCCACUGAGCAUAGUCGAAAACACAUUCCAGAACGUGUAAGUGAUCGUCGUGGUGAGAUUUUAGAUCGCGUCUCAGACAGACGAUUAGACGCAUCCCCGCCUACUCGCUACGAAUCUAGUAGAUCCAGUCAAGAUUUAGGGUUGAAAAAGGAAUUCAAACGUAGUAGCGAGUUUACUUCCCGUAGUAGUCGUCCCGAAAGCUUUUCCGAUGUAUCCCGAGGAAGAGAAGUGAUCGUACGUCGAGACACUCUUAGCACGACAGCAACGUCUAUCGAUCCUCGACAAGUUAAAGAAAGAUAUGAACGUGCAAGUACUACUACUUAUACUCGUGAUCGCGAUGUCAGGCGUUCUGAUACAGAUACACAUAGAAGUUCUAGGGAUAGUCAUACGCGUUACAGUGAAAGUUUCAAACCUACUGGAUCUAGUACUCCACGUGAUAGUCGUUAUGUUGAAAGCAAUCGAACAACUAGUAGUUGGCAUUCUGGACCUUCGUCUACAAAAUCAUUUAAUUCUGUACCUAGUAGCGGAACUCGAGAUCCUCGAAACGAACCAUCUAGUUGGAGUUCUAGAUCUUCUGAUAAUGUAAACAGAUGGAGUAAUUCAAGCAGUAUGGGAAACACAUUACGACAUCCAGUUCCACCUACGUAUCAAAGUGGUCCUAUUCAAUCAAUGGGAUUAACUGCACCCGGGACAGCACCUUCAUACGAUCGUUUUGAUCCAUAUAAAUCAUCUAUGCCGAGCAUGAGAAAAUAUUGAUCGUAUAUUGCUGAUUUUUACCAUUAUAACGAAUAAUUGGUGAAUUUUUAUAUCCACCUGUUUCUGAUGCUAGCACACACACGCGCGCCCAUACUUACUCUCACAUAUGCACACGCACACUAAAUUAUUUAUAUUAUUGACAAAUCAAUUUUCAUUAUAUUUCAGCAAUUAAUCGUAUACGUAAAUUCCGAUUGUAAUGUGAUCGUAUGCAAUUGAUAGACAAAUUGUGAUUCAAGAAAAACCCAAAUAAUUCCUCGUUGAUGAGUGGCGUAUACGUAUAUCUUAAAUCUCUUUCAAUAUUUGUAUUCAAGUUGCUAUCCUUAAAUUAAGUUUUAAAUGAAUUAAACCGAAUUGAACGUCUCACUCCCGAUACUCAUCCAAGCAGUCUACUCAUCUAAGCAUUAUGAUUACGAUUUUUGAGUUUUUGAUGUCAUUCAAUUUCUGUAAAAAUUUUAUAUCAUCUUUCCCAAUCUUUUUUACAUUUAAUGAUCUAAAAACAAUAAAAAUAGUAGUAUUAUUAUUAUUACUAUUAUUAUUCUAAUUAUCACUAUUAUUACCAUUGCUUACUAUUAGUACUACUAUUACUAUUAUUAUUACUAUUACUACUUCUACUAUUGCUAUUAUCACUACUGCUACUUCUACUAUCUCAAUUAUUAUUACACUACCAUUAUUACUGCUGCUAUUGUUACAAAUAAAUACUUUAGUGAUAUUCAUCGCGAUGAAUGUAAACAUAUGGUAUGAUCUAUACACGAUAUACAGUGUAUAUGUCAUACUGAAAUAUAAUGGAUUUUUGUACAUUUGUUAAUAGACACGAUAUAGAGAUCUAGAGAGAGACGCUCGAAAUGGGGCAAACUUUUACUCGUUUGUCUACAGCGCAACUACAUUUAUAUAAUGCGUUGUAUCAAUUGUUAUUUGCAACUUAUUUCAAUCAAUGACGCGCAUUCAUUUACAUCGUUGGAUGUAUUCUUAUAGAAUAAGACAUACAGAAUAGUGUUAUAAACAGUUACAUCGUGUACCUUUAACAGAUUCCUUGUAGAAAUACGUACAUAUUCUCAUAAGGAUAUGACUGAACAAUUUGUAUAUUGAAUUUCACAAGACAGAACAGUGUAUCUAAUGAUGUUGGAAUUUAGGUUCAUACUUGAAGCACACGUACUAUGUUUCAGUAUAGCGACAAUUACUUCAAUAUAAAUAAAUUUAUGGUAUAUUAGAA